AUGGUAGACCGUGACUCCGCCUCAUACGGCACCAAUGAUACCCACCCGCCAGUGCUUCCCGUUUCAACCGCCGGACUCGCAAUCAUUUUCGAAUGGGUUGCUCUGCUACCCCUCACCAUCUAUCUGGCUAGUAGUCAGCUCACUUAUCAGCUUGUCGGUCGAGUCUCACUUCUUGGGUCUCUUGGCGUCAGCUUUUUCCCACCUCUAGGUGUGCUGAACCAUAUCGCAUCCCUCCUGAACGAUCGUUUUGACUUUUUCGAUCGCGCAAGUUCGAUCAGCGAACUGCGAAGAACGAUAUGGGAUGCCAACUGGGGCAGUGUCUUUACAUGCGCGAACGGGGCGGCUAGUGAGAUUAUAUCAAAGCACACGCUCUCCGCUGGUCACUUUACCGAAAUCCCGCAGGUACAGCUCGUGACCAACCUUACCUCAAUUCAGGAUAUCGCCUCUGAGAAGAUCCCGAUCGUGAGUGAACAUACGGAGAAUCGAUAUCGCAAUCUCCAGACACUCCAUAUCCUAGAUUUUUCUCAUACACCAAAACGCGAUAUCUAUAACACCACGUCCUUAUUGCAAUCAACAGCUAUUUUACGUGUUGGGAAAGUUCUACUGCUCCUUGCUCUCCUCGGCUUCUGCAUCUUGACAGUACUUUUCGGGUUAUAUGGAACGGCGACUUGUAUUUUUAUCGCCUUUGCAUUCCAAGUUCUAUGUCAGCUGGUGCAGGUUAGGCGGCCACCUGGCUAUCUCUACAACAAUGAAGGGCCAACAGCUGAUAGCUGUAUGCUUGCUGCAAUUCAUGAGAAUGCCUCAACCUGGUACCUAUAUAAAGGAUCGCGAGCGGUAAUAGAUACCCUUCUCAACAAACCGAUGAUAGAGUCUGUUAGCUCGCCUCUCGGUUGGAUCCUACCAGUUCUCCUUCGUUUCUUAGGAGUUCUCCAACUUCUUGCGGUGACAUACGUCGCAGCGCAGAAGGGCUGGGAUGGAGUAGCACUCCUUGCGGUAAUAUUUGCGUCUUUCAUUUUUGAUCACCUCAGCUACAACAACAAUCGACUAGCCCAUCUGUGGCUUAAGCGAGAGGGAGUCAAUAUAAGAAGUCAUAGCUUUCGAUUCACAACGCGUUCAGCUAUGAUUGGUACGAUUCAAGUCCUGAAACAAAGCCCGGUAAUAAGCUGGAUGGACGGCAUCCUGGCACCAUCUAGCCGCCGUGAGGCUUGGCUGGCUUGUCUAGCUGGAAAUUCCGAUUCGAUCACGUUGGUGCAAAACUUGGACCAAUCUGGCAAAGAUUGGGUUUUGCUUGCAGUAAAUCAAACCCAAUUGGCUGUGAACAUAAUCAUGGACACUAUGUACCAGCCAUCCAACCAGGGUGUUGUAUGA